CUGAUUUGAAGUUGAUUUUGCACACAAUUUUGCAUUACGAAUCCGGAAAAAAAGUUUAUACGUAUUAUUUCUUUUAAACUUUAUAUUAUAUUUAUAUUUUUCAACUUUAUUUCGUUAUAAUUAUGCAUGGAUUAUGUUUUAAGUGUAUAUACUUAUGCAUUAACAUGAUAGUAUAUUAAAAAAAUAAUAUAACCUAUAAAAUUGUAUACCCAAUACAUUUAAAAUAGAAAUAAAAAAACAAUUUCUGUGAUUUAUUUUGUUGAUAUUAUAGAAGGAAGAGGUAAAGUCUAAAAUCAUGGCUAGUGUUUCUUAUCAAAUAGCAAAUCUGUUGGAAAAGAUGCAAUCGUCAGAUAAAGAUUUUCGAUUUAUGGCAACUAACGACCUCAUGACUGAGCUGCAGAAAGAUAGCAUUAAGCUCGACGAUGAUUCUGAACGUAAAGUUGUUAGAAUGUUGUUAAAGUUACUUGAGGAUAAGAAUGGAGAAGUUCAGAAUUUAGCUGUGAAAUGUUUGGGUCCUCUAGUAAACAAAGUCAAAGAAUAUCAGGUUGAUACAAUUGUGGAGGCCCUGUGUACGAACAUGGUAUCUGAAAAAGAGCAAUUGCGUGAUAUUUCAAGUAUCGGUUUGAAAACGGUCAUUGCCGAACUGCCUCAAUCGUUGGGAGGAAUGUCCGGUGCCAUUUGUAAGAGAAUAACUGGACGCCUGACUAAAGCAAUAGAAAGACAAGAGGAUGUUUCGGUUCAACUAGAAGCUCUAGAUAUAAUAGCGGAUUUAUUGUUACGUUUUGGUCCGUUAUUGCAGUCAUUUCAUAUGUCUAUUUUGUGCGCUUUGCUACCUCAGUUAGAAUCUCAAAGACAAGCAGUUAGGAAACGCACUAUUGGAGCACUGAGCAACUCUGUACUAUCAUGUAACAACACCUUAUAUAACCAAUUAAUUAAUCAUCUAAGUGAUGGGCUGAAAGUAAACAAAGUGAAUUCUCAAACUCGUACUUAUAUUCAAUGUGUUGCUGCGGUAUGCCGUCAAUCUGGUCAUAAAUUUGGAGAGCACAUUGACAAAUUCGUGCCCAUUAUUUUAGAACGUUGUGAAAUCGAUGAUGAAGAAUUAAGAGAAUUUUGUCUUCAAGCUUUUGAAAGUUUUAUUAACAGAUGCCCUAAAGAAAUUACACCCGAUAUUCCGAAGAUAACAGAAUUGUGUUUGAAGUAUAUGACUUAUGAUCCAAACUAUAAUUAUGAUGAAGAUGAGGGAACUGAAUGUAUUGAAGCGGAAGAGGAAGAUGAUGACGAGGAAAAUGACGAGUAUAGUGACGACGAUGAUAUGAGCUGGAAAGUGCGUAGAUCAGCAGCAAAAUGUUUGGAAGCUAUUAUAAUAACUCGACAUGAACUACUCGCAGAAUUUUAUAAAGUUCUUUCACCAGCAUUGAUCACUAGAUUUAAAGAGCGUGAAGAAAACGUGAAGUCUGAUAUAUUUCAUGCAUAUAUAGCCUUGUUGAAGCAAACCAAGGCUACAGUUAAUGUAAAUAUUGACCCAAACGCCAUGGUAAUGGAUGAUGAGGAAGAGACCCCUAUGAGCCUUCUGCAAGGACAAAUUCCCUUGCUGGUUAAAGGAAUUCAACCGCAGAUGAAGGAGAAAAGCAUGAAAACAAGGCAAGACUGCUUCCAACUUUUAAAGGAAGUUUGCAAUGUGCUACCUGGUGCAUUAAGUUCUCAUAUUGGCGACCUCAUCCCAGGAAUUCUCUAUUCACUAAGUGAAAAGAACGCAAGCAGUAAUAUGAAGAUUGAUUCUUUAUCUUUCAUUUACUGUCUUCUGACCACUCAUCCUCCAACUGUAUUUCAUCCAUAUAUCGAUAUUCUUUUACAACCAGUUGUUGCAGCUGUGGGUGACAAUUUUUAUAAAAUCACUGCAGAGGCUUUGGGUGUUCUACAGGAAUUAGUUAAAGUUAUCAGACCUAUGCAGGGCUAUACUGGUUUUGAUUUUACUCCAUUCACUAAAGAUAUAUACGCGUGCACUUUGGUAAGGUUGAAAACUUCAGACAUUGACCAGGAAGUUAAAGAAAAAGCGAUUUCGACCAUGGGGCAGGUUAUUUGUAAUUUAGGCGACCAACUAAAAGGAGAACUGCCCUACUGUUUGCCAUUGUUCUUGGACAGACUUAAGAAUGAAAUCACUCGUCUGACGACUGUAAAAGCUUUGAAGAAAAUCGCCGGGUCGCCGCUUGGCAUCGAUUUGCCCAUUCUUCCUGAAGCAAUGCCCAUUUUAGGUUUAUUUUUAAGAAAAAACCAAAGAGCUCUAAAACUGAGCACUCUACAGUUAAUUGACUGCCUCAUUCAAAACUAUCAUAAGAAAUUGAACGUUCAGCUUCUACAACCGAUUAUCACUGAAGUUCCCCCGCUCCUGGACGAAUCGGACUUACAUAUCGCCCAGUGGACUUUAAUUAUUUUAAAGUCGAUCGCCCUACAUCAUCCAAAAGCUUUACAAGAUGUCAACAGCGGAAUCAUGCCACAAGUUUUAAUUUUGGUCAAGAGUCCAUUAUUACAAGGAACUGCCUUACAAGCUAUGCUUGAUUUCUUCAAAUCUCUAGUCAAAUGCAACCUGCCCGGAUUGUCAUAUGAUCAUUUAUUAAGACUGCUUCUCACACCAAUAACAAACUUAACCACCAACCAAUCCGCCACCUUACACAAACAAGCGUUCUAUUCUCUUGCCAAAUGUUUGGCAGCCAUCACGGUGGUCUGUCAAUCACACGCUCUUCCCGUUGUUCAUCAAUUUAUCAACGAAAUCCAGAAUGUUAAUUCUGACUCAGAACAAAUAUUUGCCUUGCUAGUGGUUGGUGAAAUUGGCAGAGAUAUUGACUUGACUUCAGUACCUAAUCUAAAGCAAGUUAUAUUAAACUCAUUUUCGGCAGUUUCGGAAGAAGUUAAGUCAGCUGCCAGUUAUGCUUUAGGUAGUAUUUGUAUUGGUAAUUUGCAACAGUAUUUGCCAUUUAUUUUAAAAGAAAGCCAGGAACAACCUAGGAGGCAGUACUUACUCCUCCAUUCAGUCAAAGAGGUUAUAACUUGUUUAUCUCAAACUAAUGAAGGUAUACAACAGCUUCUGCCAUUUGUCCCUGACAUAUGGGCACAGCUAUAUUGCCACUGUGAAUGUCUAGAAGAAGGAACAAGAAAUGUAGUCGCAGAAUGUCUUGGAAAGCUCACUCUAAUAGAUCCAGCCAAUUUACUUCCUAAACUGAAGAGGUCAUUGAAUUCGCCAUCGCCUCUAAUGAGAACUACUGUGGUUACAGCUGUUAAAUUUACAAUAUCUGAUCAGCCUACACCAAUAGAUCCUCUCCUAAGGCAGUGCAUUGGUGAGUUCCUCAACACUUUGCAAGACCCGGACUUAAAUGUAAGGAGAGUGGCUUUGGUAGCUUUUAAUUCAGCUGCUCAUAAUAAACCAUCAUUGAUCAGAGAUUUGUUGGAUGUUAUUUUGCCUCAGCUGUAUAAUGAAACCAAUAUUAAGAGAGAUCUCAUACGCGAAGUUGAGAUGGGUCCUUUCAAACACACGGUCGAUGACGGUUUAGACAUCAGAAAAGCAGCGUUUGAAUGCAUGUACACACUACUGGAUUCGUGUUUAGACAAAAUCGAUAUAUUCGACUUCAUAAAUCACGUCGAAUCUGGAUUAAAAGAUCAUUAUGAUAUAAAAAUGCUUACUUACCUCAUGGUAGCUAGAUUAGCUCAAAUAUGUCCAGGAUUCGUUUUACAACGAUUAGAUAGACUUAUAGAACCUUUAAGAGCAACUUUGACAUUAAAAGUCAAAGCAAAUUCUGUCAAACAAGAAUAUGAGAAGCAAGACGAACUUAAGCGUUCGGCAAUGCGUGCAGUUGCUGCACUCUUGAGCAUCCCAGAUGCAGAUAAAAAUCCACAUUUAAACGAGUUCGUCAACCAAAUUAAAAACUCGUCAGACCUGCAGCCGAUUUUUGAGUCAAUUCAAAAAGAUUCGUCAACCACGCAUACCGAUUUCCUCAUGGAUCAAAGUUGAGCCUUAGAUAAUUUCAAAGCAACAUUUGUUUUUAAUCUCCGCAUAUUCUUUUCAGUGUUCUUUUCAUAGAGAUUUUGAAAUAAUUUAUUAGGGUAACUUUAGAUUUCUUUAAGUUCUAGAUUUAAUACAAAUGUAUUUUUAUUUGUGAUCGUUUUAAUUUGAAAAUAAUGCCAUGUUUUAUAUGUUAAUUUUGAAAAUUAAAACUUUUGUUUAAUAAAUCUCUUAAUAAAUAAUUAAAAC